CAUCCAUCGCCCGCUGUCAACAUCACCACCAACACCCUUGAGCAUCGGCUCCUACGAUCCCUCCGACUUCGUUUCUCCUUUGCGCUUUCAACAUGCGACGACGACGUACUUGCGCCUCUCCGAGCCGCGUGACAGCAUCUCUGCUGCUUUCAUUCCUCGCCGUGUCCAGCGCCAUAGAGCUGCCUCUCGUCCCACCCGCCCCGAUCUCGCCAAAGCCCGACGGUGCCCCAGUGAAGGAGUUCUCUCUCAAGCACAUAUUCCACCAUGGAACAUACAAAUAUCCAGAGCUUCAUCGGCGGCUCGAUGUGCCCGAAAAGGCGCCCGUCUACAUGGCCGGGGACGAAGAUGCGCAGCGCGAACCCGUUCCCCCGCUACGUGCAAGGUCCGAGAUCAUGAGCAUCCAGAGGCUGGCAGACAGAAGCAAGGAGACAAUCGAUGGUAUUUUAGACUGGGGGCGAAUGACUGGGAAGGCGGUGCAGCUAGCCGCUGAAGACUGGACGGUCGAUGAGAUAGCGGGGCCCAAUGUGUCCGACAAGGAGACCGUGUUAAGCUUCGCACGGAUGGCUUCAAACGCCUACAUACUCGAGCCACAUACUGGGGACUGGGAAGACGUAGGAUGCGGAUUCAACUAUACUGAAGACUUUGGCUGGGAACAGGACGGGCUGCGCGGCCACAUCUUUGCCGAUACCACCAACUCCACUAUCGUCAUCGGCCUAAAGGGGACCUCGCCCGCCCUAUUUGACGGCUCCGAGACGACCACGAAUGACAAGCUUAAUGACAAUUUAUUCUUCAGCUGCUGCUGUGGACAAGGCGGGCAGUACUUGUGGAGGCAGGUAUGCGAGUGUCAGACAGCAGCGUAUACCUGCAACUCCACCUGCUUAGUCGAAGCACUUCAAGCCAAGAACAGAUACUAUUAUGCGGCACGAGACCUCUACCACAACGUCACCGGCCUCUAUCCGAACGCGGAGGUAUGGAUGGCAGGACACUCUCUUGGAGGCGCCGUCUCUUCGUUCCUUAGCCUCACCUAUGGGCACCCGACCCUCACUUUCGAAGCCGUCCCCGACGCCAUGCCGGCAUCGCGACUAGGCCUUCCAGUUCCGCCAGGCCACCAGGUCGGUGCGCUUCAAAAGCGCGAAAUGACAGGAGGUUUCCAUUUCGGACAUACAGCUGAUCCCGUCUACAUGGGAACGUGCAACCAAGCGAGCAGUAUGUGCACACUAGGUGGUUACGCCAUGCAAAGCGUUUGUCACACCGGAAAGAAAUGCGUCUAUGACACCGUCAAGGAUUUUGGCUGGCGUGUAGGCAUUGGCACACACAAGAUUGUCAGCGUUAUCAAGGAUGUGCUGGAAAAGUACGACGAGCCGGCGACAUGUGAGCCAUAUGUCAACUGCACCGACUGCUAUCCUUGGGAGUUCUUUGAAAGCAAUGGUACGGAUAGGACAACGUCCUCUAUAGUUGCUACCUCGACGUCGACAUUGACCAGGACACGGACCGAGACUUGCAAAACACCUGGUUGGUGGGGAUGCCUCGAUGAGUCAACUACCGGGGAGGCCUCGACGACGAUGACGACGACGACGGCGACGGCGACGACGACGACGACGACAAUGAGCACAUCGACUUGCAAGACACCAGGAUGGUUUGGCUGCAAGGACGAUAUCACAACUACAAACAAAGCAACCCCAGCGCCGGCUCCUGCACCCACAAUUAUAACAACAACCUCCUUGUCAACUCCAUCGUCAACGUCCAACUGUAGGCAUAGGGGUUGGUUCGGAGGCUGCAAUGACCCUACUGAUCCUCCUUCUACCUGCUCCACCCCGACUCCUUCUUCUACUUCAACAUCGUGUACAUCAAAGGCUUGGUGGGGGUUGAUAUGCUAUGAUGGCUCCAAGGACUCAAAGGCUAGCGAAGGGGCACCUGUCAUAGAGAGGAUUGAGAUGUGAUCAGACGUUUUGCACAUUCGAAUCGAUAUUUCCUCUCCAACUGAAACCUUUGAUAUAGCACUGGGUUAAGGUAUGAUCCGUACACGCAUGAUGUCUGGCGUUUGGAUUCAUGGGGCGCUUAACUGGCAUGACCGGCGCCCUAGGUUGGAGCGAAUCGCCGUAGCAUAGCACAACGUAUCCAUAUCACAUGAGAGUCAAUAGCCCAAAUGGACAUGUGGAAG